UUACUUAAAAACUUAAAACCCUAAAUUCUUUGCCUCCGCCUCACAAACAACCAUCAGCAACACUCUUCUCUUCACCGUCUCUCCAUCCUCUAUCCUUCACGCCUUUGUAACACGAAGAAAAGCACAGUAACUGAGAGGACACGAUGGUGAAGAAGAGCAAGAAGAGUAAGAGCAAGAGGGUUUCGUUGAAGAAGAAGUACAAGGUCAUAAGGAAGGUGAGGGAGCACAACAGGAAGAAAACGAAGGAGGCGAAGAAGCUUCGCUUGAGUGGGAAGAAGAAGGUUGAGAAGGACCCUGGUAUUCCCAACGAUUGGCCCUUCAAGGAGCAGGAACUCAAAGCGCUUGAAGCUCGAAGGGCGAAGGCUAUUGAGGAAUUGGAGCAAAAGAAAGCGGAACGCAAGGAGAGGGCUCGGAAAAGGAAAUUGGGCUUGCUAGAGGAUGAAGAUAACUCCAAAUUGAGUGACAUGGAUAUUUUAAAAGAGAGUAAUGAUUUUGCUACUGUUGGGAAGACUAGAGAUAGCUCAGAUAGGGCCUUUUACAAAGAUUUGGUUAAGGUCAUUGAAGCCUCUGAUGUCUUACUGGAGGUGCUUGAUGCCCGGGAUCCCUUGGGUACUCGUUGUGUUGAUAUAGAAAAGAUGGUGAUGAAAUCGGGACCUGAUAAACGUCUCGUCUUGCUUUUAAAUAAAAUUGAUCUUGUUCCUAAAGAAGCUUUAGAGAAGUGGCUCAAGUACCUUAGAGAAGAAUUACCUACUGUGGCCUUCAAGUGCAGCACACAACAACAAAGAUCAAACUUAAGUGAUUGUCUUGGUGCUGAUACUCUCCUCAAAUUGUUGAAGAAUUACUCAAGAAGUCAUGAGAUCAAGAAGUCGAUCACUGUGGGUUUGAUUGGCUUGCCCAAUGUUGGUAAGAGCAGUCUUAUUAAUAGCUUAAAGAGGUCCCAUGUUGUCAAUGUUGGUUCUACUCCUGGGUUAACAAGAUCAAUGCAAGAGGUUCAGUUGGACAAAAAUGUUAAGUUGCUGGAUUGCCCUGGUGUUGUUAUGCUGAAGUCUCAAGAAUAUGAUGCUUCCGUGGCUUUAAAAAAUUGCAAGAGAAUUGAGAAGUUAGACGAUCCAAUUAGCCCAGUGAAAGAAAUUUUCAAGCUCUGCCCUCCCGAGCAGCUGGUAACUCAUUACAAGAUUGGAACCUUCAAAUUUGGUGAUGUUGAUGACUUUCUACUGAAGAUAGCUACAGUUAGGGGCAAGCUCAAGAAGGGUGGAAUAGUUGACAUUAAUGCUGCUGCAAGAAUCGUUCUUCAUGAUUGGAAUGAAGGUAAAAUUAUAUAUUAUACCAUUCCCCCAAAUAGGGAUCAAGGGGAACCUGCAGAGGUUAAGAUAGUUUCUGAGUUUUCAAAGGAGUUUAACAUUGAUGAAGUCUACAAGAGUGAAUCUUCAUAUAUUGGGAGCCUUAAAUCUGUUGAUGACUUAAAUGCUGUUGAAGUUCCUUCAAGUCGCCCUCUCAAUCUUGAUGAGACAAUGUUAGAGGAUGAGACACAAAUCAAACCAGCUGAACAAGGUGAAGGUCCUGGAAACCUGGCUGUGGUGGAUGAAUCAAUGGAAGAUGAUGCUGGCAAGAACAAGGGGAACAGUGAAGCUGGCAGGCAAAAUGAAAAAUUAUAUGCCACAGAUGGUAUGCUUAAUACAAAAAUGAGGCGCGCUGAGAAGAAGAAAAGGAAAAAGGCCAAGAAAGCUGUAGCCUCAUCGGAUCCCAUGGAUGGUGAUUAUGACUUCAAAGUUGAUUACUUCCAAAAGGGAGCGACAAUGGAUGCUGAAGAGAGCAAGAGUGAGGAUGACGAUGAACAAGUCAGCUCUGAGGUGCCUAUGAAUGAGUGAUGGGGUAAAUGGACUUGCCAUAGUUUAUGGGGGAAAUGAAUGAACUAGCCAACACAGCCAUUAUUUAAACAUGAUAUAAGGGUUCCUCUUAACUUCAAUUUUUGUUUCGAAGAUUUUAAAUUGCUGCUGUUGAUCCAUUAUGUAUAUAUUAUUUUGGGAUGUCACGAACAAAAUUUUGGAUAGGUCAUUUGUGUCCAAUUGAGGCAUAUGAUUAUGCAAUUUUGUUUCCGGAUUUUUACCCC